ACGAAUUAUAUUAUUGUAGAAGAAGAAAAAAAAAGUAUGGUGGGAAGUGGGAACAGUUAGACAGGUAAAUUCGAAUAAAACGACAGCGUUUUUGGCUAGGACAAUAAAAGUUGAAGACGUCGGCUUGAGAAGAAGUAGAAGUGACGACGAAAAGAAAGGGGAAAAAAAAAAGGAAGGAAAAAAGUGAAAACCGUCGGCUUGAGAAGGAACUUUGAUAUUUGGUGACUCUUGAAAAAAGCAAGCUCUUUCUUCUUCCUUCUUUCGCUUUUUUCACACCUCAAAAUCAAAGAUCCGAAACACGAUUUCGGAGGAAGCUUCGAUUCUGUGUGUUUGAUUCUUCCUCUUUUUUGUUUUUUGUUUUUUUGUUCUAUCCCGUUUCGAAGCGAGCUCUGAUUCUCGUUCCUGUCUACUUUUUUUCAGACCUAUUUUCAGAUCUGAAAUAGUUGUGUUUGAGAAGCGGGAUUGGUGAUCGGAGCUGGAAUUUGGUUGGUAAUCGGAGGUCAGAGAGAAGUCAACGGAUAUGCCGGAGGAAGAAUCGAUAGAUAUCAAAUUCAGGUUGUACGAUGGCUCCGAUAUCGGGCCUUUUCGGUAUUCUGCGGCUUCUACUGUUGACUUUUUGAAGCAGAGGGUCGUCUCUGAUUGGCCCAAAGGCAAAACAGUUGUUCCAAAGGGGAUAAACGAAGUGAAGCUGAUAAGCUCGGGUAAGAUCUUGGAGAACAACAAGACUGUUGGGCAGUGUAAGACACCAUUUGGAGAUAUUGCUGGUGGAGUCAUUGUGAUGCAUGUUGUUGUACAGCCUUCUCUAGCUAAAUCCAAAACAGAGAAGAAGGUUGAUAAAGCACCAAAGGCAGUAAUCUGCACAUGCACCAUUUUGUGAAGGGAGGAAGACCAAUGUAUCUAUCAUACACAUCGUUUCAAUUCUUCCGGUACAGAAGAAAACAAAAUCAAAAAAAGAAAGCUAAAAGUAAAGUAAAGCUUCCCUUUAAGCUGUGGAGUUAUUUAUCAUCUUUGAAUGUGUAGAAAAUGAACUAUAAAUUCUUUUCAAGUAACUCUUUGUCCCUUAUUUGUUUUUUCUUCUUACUUUCCCAAUGUAUGGAAGCUGUAUAGGUUACUAGGUCCAUUACGUUACGUGUGAUGAAGAUAAUUAUAUAUCUAUCUAUUUUUAAAAAAGAUUGUGCCUUUGUAUUUUUCGUUCUUCC